CGAACUGCGUGAUUAGGUUCGUUGGUAGGUUUCUCGGACGAGCUCAGAGUAUUAUAUACCAUAUCUGUUAAUCUUAAACUGUGAUAAAUAUGAACCGACUAAAGUAUUCCGGUAUUCGUACGCUUAGUCGUAUCAGAAUGAAGAGUACUGCUGCCACUGUUCAAACGGAAAAUACAACAAUUGACGAUCGAGCCAAAACAUUGCCCUUCGCCAGAGCAAAAAGAGGUCCGUUUUUCCAAGCGGAAGCACAACUUGAAAAUCAGUAUUUGGGCGAUGCUGCACUCAGAGCGUAUCUGAAGCGGGUUGUCCCUGAAAAGAUUCUAGAUCAGUUCAGUCCAGAUCUAGAACGGUUUGGUCAACGUGUCGCCACCGACAUCUAUCAACUCGGAAGACAAUGCGAACUGAAUCAACCAACAGUACAACACUUUGAUGCAUGGGGGAACCGUAUAGACGAACUGAUAACAUGCCCUGCAUGGAAGCAAUUACAUGACAUAUCGGCUGACGAAGGUCUAGUAGCAAUAGCGUAUGAACGAGAACAUGGACCAUGGAGUCGUUUGUAUCAGAUUGCAAAGCUCUAUCUAUUUUCGUCAUCCUCUGGAUUGUACACGUGUCCGUUGGCGAUGACUGAUGGUGCUGCUCAGGUUAUUGACAGGAUCCCAAAGAAAGAACAACAUCCAGUGUUGAUGGGCCGUGCUUAUCCACGAUUGACAUCUCGAAAUCCAGCCAAGUUUUGGACAUCUGGACAAUGGAUGACAGAGAGGAAAGGUGGCUCCGAUGGGUCAAAGGGCGUGUCACUAUUCUACUUGGAGACUCGAAAUGCUGAUGGCAAAUUAAAUGGUAUAGAUAUACAGAGACUGAAGAAUAAACUUGGAACCCGACAAUUACCAACGGCAGAGUUGUUAUUGGACGGAACUACAGCACAACUGAUAUCACAGCCGGGUAGAGGGGUCGCCAGCAUCUCUCAUAUGCUGACUAUAACAAGGUUACAUAAUGCAAUUGGUGCUGUUGCUGGAAUGAGAAGAAUCUUAAAUCUUGCACGAGAUUAUAGCAAGCGGCGAGUAGCGUUUGGUAAAAUGAUCGAAGACCAUCCAGUUCACAUGCAGACUAUGGCACGAAUGGAGAUGGAGACAAGAGCAUCUCUGCUAUUGUUGAUGGAGAGUAGUCGACUAUUGGGAUUAGAUGAAUGUAACUUAGCAACAGACCACGAAAGAUUACUACUGAGAAUCCUAACACCAAUUAUGAAAUUAUACACAGCUAAACAGGCAAUGUCAGUAACAUCGGAAGGAUUGGAAUGUUUUGGUGGUCAAGGUUACAUAGAAGACACAGGACUGCCGGGGAUCUUACGUGAUGCACAGGUAAAACUUAUAUUUUGA